AUUUAUUCUCAACCACCAGUGUUGUUUCAACGACCAUUCAGUGCAGUUCGGUAAAGGACCCACAAUGAUCAGUAACCAAAUUCAAAUUUUAUUAAGUACUUUAAUUCUGUUGAUUGUCGAGUGCACAGGCGAAGAGCUUAAGCUAGUAUAUCAAUGGACUCAGCUAGACGCGCCUGCAAAGGAGCCCGAUAAGAGCCAGGUUGUAUUCGAUCCCAAGGACAAACCUCACCAGUUUAAUGAAACUUUCAACGCUUACGGAAACCUUCCGAUGGGUAUAGCCCACCACAAGGGACGACUGUUUGUGUCGAUUCCCAGGAGACGACCCGGGAUUCCUUCAACGCUUGCCGUUAUCAAUAUGCAUGCAGUUCAGGGGGUUAAUAAUCCGCCUUUGGUCGGUUAUCCCGAGCAACUUGUAAACACACUUCACUGCAAUGAAGCGUAUGCGUACAUUCCCGAUUAUCAAUGGCCUGGUUUGUAUGUAUAUAGUUUGGCAGAGAAUCGAAUGUGGCGCUUCAACCAUAACUAUUUCUGCUUCGAGCCACAAAACGGUCGAUUCAACGUGGCUGGAAUCCGAUUCGAUUGGAACGAUGGUAUAUUUUCGUUGGCCGUGGGCCAAGUUGAUUCGACGACAGGCCACCGAAUGGUGUAUCUCCAUGCAAUGGCUGCGGUUGGUGAGAUUGCCGUAUCAAAUGCUGUUUUAAAGAAUGAAACUCUUGCACGAUCCGGUGAUGAGUAUAGUGAUUUGUUCAUACAUCUGGGUUCACGCGGGCCAAAUACGCACAGUUCCAGUCAUGCUUUCGACGAAAAAACUGGAGUUCUAUUUUAUGCUGAGGUGAAUCGCAAUUCGAUCGGUUGUUGGAAUAGCAAGCGAAGAUUCGACGCAGACAACCAUGGCAUCGUGCAUCUAGACAAUAGCGACAUGAUUUAUCCUGCUGAUUUAGUGAUCGAUACCGAAGGUGUCCUAUGGGUGAUUUCGAACAAACUUCCUAUCUGGAUCUACUCAAAACUAAACGUUACUGAUUUCAACUAUCGUAUCUGGCGCCAAACUACAAAAUCGGCUAUCAAUGGAACGUUGUGUAUGUGAUAUUCUAAUCAGGAUUCACAUGGAAAGCAAGCUGAAAAAAUCUGGCAUUCUUUCAAAUUCGUGCAAGUGCAAAUCAUUCUGUUCCGGAUUAAUAGGUAUAAUUCCAUUAAUAGAUUUGAUUGUGAAAAGUUUCAACUAGAUUUGAUUAUAGUACUGCGAAGAAAUUACACUAGGGAAAUUGUAUCACCUAUAA